AUGACUGGAAGAAAGUCAUCAAGAACCGACAGUGUACCUGCACAGAAAGUUGAAAGAAAAUCCGCAAUUUUAUCGCCACAUGAUGAACUGCGCGAACGUCUUCUAGAGACAGCAAUUGAUGUGAAAGAGAACAUUCCAGAAAGAAGAAAGAGCUCACGGAACGAAAGUGUCGGAAGUCAGAAAUCAGACUGUUCUGACUCAAGAAAACGACAUAGUACCGAGAAAGGACCAGCCGCGAAACGACACUCCAACGAAAAACUUCGAAAUGAUGAUCGAGAAGCCAGCUAUUCUUCUACUGGUUCAGUAUCAUCACGACCUCGUGGACGACCACUUCCAAUGAUGCCAGAAGAAGAAGAAGUGUUUGAUGAUGAAUCAUCUUCUGAUCAUCAUGCUGAAUCAGAAGAGAGUCAUGAGAUGGCAAGGUCUGAUGAUCAAUACGACGAUGAUGAAGAUUAUGAAGAAGGACCCCAAGAAGAAGAUGGCGAAGACGAGGAUGUGGAUGAUGAGGAAGAUUAUGAAGAUUUAGAAGAUGAAGGAGAAGAAGACGUUGAAGAUGAAACUGAAGAUGAGGAUGAUCUUCCUGUCCAAAACACCGAUUUCGCCGUUACAAAACGUCUGAUGAACGGUGAUCAUUUGAUAGACCCACCGAUUCUUCUGAGUGCUAGCAAAUGUGAAGGAAUUGGGUCACCUACAAAAGUUUGGUCAUUGAUGGUGAAACGAGAUGAAAUACCACGGGCCACUCGACAGUUACUUCGAAAUCAUCCGGAAAUGACUGUUGCAAUGCGUCGUUUACUUGUUGAUUGGAUGAUGGAAGUUUGUGAAUCUGAAAAACUGCAUCGUGAGACAUUUCAUCUGGCUGUUGACUAUGUUGAUAGAUAUUUGGAAUCGUCAAAAGAUGAGUGCUCACACAAUACAUUUCAAUUAGUGGGGACGGCCGCAUUAUUUAUUGCAGCCAAAUAUGAGGAGAUCUAUCCACCAAAAUGUGCCGAAUUCGCCGCCUUGACAGAUGGAGCUUUCUCUGCUAAUGACAUUCGUCAAAUGGAAAUUCUGAUCGUCAAAGAUAUAGGGUGGAGUCUGGGACCGAUUACAAGUAUUCAAUGGCUUUCCACAUUUCUUCAAUUACUGGGAACAGGAAGAAAAGUAACUCCUGACAAAGUUAAUGAUGGAAAUAUGUAUGUACCAGAAUUUCUCCGUUCCGAAUACACCCAAAUGUGUAAAAUUCUUGAUUAUCUUCUCUCUGAAAUAGACUCAUUCAACUUCACAUACCGUACUAUUGCGGCUGCCGUUCUUUUUGUCAAUUACGAACCACGCUCAGCGGUGGAAAAAGCGACGGGUCUAAAUCAUGAACAGUUACAAAAUGUCAUUGAAUAUGUUCUACCCAUUUGUCGUGCUUUCGCGAAGCAUGAUAAGAAUUCAUUCGAUGAAAAUAUGGAACCUGACUGCUCCCUCAAAUCCGAUGACUCUCAUAAUAUACAAGUACAUAUAAAACAAUCAGAUAUUGAUCCAUAUGUGAUUGCUGAAAGAGAACGACAGAAACAGAACGGUCCGCAACGUCGCUUAUAA